CGAGGUGAGGUUACGCCGUCUGUUGCAGCCGUGCUGGGCCCCGACCUGAGAUGCCGUGGCUGCUCAAACUACGGACUCGCGAUUAGUUAGGGAGGUAACGUAAGUGAGUGACGACGUCACGAUGCGCAUGUCGCUGCCGGGGUUAGUGCUCGUGGCAGCAGUCACGCUGCUGGCAAGUGCGAUUUGUAACGCGGAGAUGCUCCUAUCACACAUCGACACGGACACGGCCACAUCAUCGUCGUCGUAUCACUUGGAGACGAAGGAUCGCGAAAAGCAGAUAGCCGUGACGAAGGCCACCCUGCUCACCGUCAUGGGCUUAACGGAGAGACCGAGGCCGCAAGGUCGGACCCACAUCCCACGUUCCCUCAGGGAUCUUCACGUCCGCCAGAAUACCAUCAGAAGCACGGACAUCGCGAAGCCGGGCCUUCACGUGCGAUCGGCCAACACCGUUCGUUCGUUCCCACACAUCGAGAGCGAGUUGGACCACAAGUUCCAAUCUCCGAAUCGUUUCCGGUUGUCCUUCGACCUGAGCAGGGUACCUGUCGGCGAGACGUUGCAGGCGGCGGAAUUGAGCCUGUCGCGCGUCGCAGUGGCGGACGCCGAGAAUAUAAGCGCGAAGCACAAGCGCGGCCGGAUACUGGUGUACGACAUAAUACGGCCCGGCCGCAAGGGCCACAGCAAGCCGAUACUGCGGCUGAUCGACAGCAAGGUGAUCGACAUGACGAAGAACGCCACGAUCAGUCUGGACGUGCAUCCGGCCGUGGUGAGAUGGAUGGGUAGCCAUCAGAAUAAUCACGGGCUGCUGGUGCACGUGACCGGUACGCUCGCCCGCACGCGGGAGCACGUGCGGCUGAAACGGUCCGUCGACGAGCACAAGGACGCGUGGGUGGUGAAUCGGCCGAUGCUCUACGCGUACAUGGACGACGGCCGUUACGGGAUGGCAUCCGCGGAACGGAUAAUGGACCGGCGGGCCAGGCGGGGGACCCCCUCGGGGCGGAAGAACCGGCGGAAGGACGGCCGCGAGAAUUGCCGGCGACAUCCGCUCUACGUCGACUUCGCGGACGUCGGCUGGAACGAUUGGAUCGUCGCGCCGCCCGGAUACGACGCCUUCUACUGCCACGGUGAUUGCCCGUUUCCUCUGGCGGACCAUCUGAACUCGACGAAUCACGCGAUCGUGCAGACCCUCGUUUACUCGACCAAGCCGAGCAUGGUGCCGAAGGCGUGUUGCGUGCCGACCGCGCUCAGCUCGAUAUCAAUGCUCUAUCUGGACGAGGAGAAUAAGGUAGUGCUGAAGAACUAUCAGGACAUGGCAGUCCUCGGAUGCGGCUGCCGUUGAGUCUCCGAUGAUUUUUCAUACUACCUUGUUUUCCGUGUUUAGGAGAGCAUCAUCUCACUGAGCGAGAAGAAUAAGGUAAUGUUGAACCGUUCCAGGCAGCACCAUUUCCAAAAUCGGGGCGUAGGACGUCUUAAAGGCGUCACUUAAAUGUUCUUUUAGACAUCAUAA